CAGGGGGGAAUGCCAGCUUUGCAGGCAGUGGGUCUAAAAUAGCCCAAUAUUUCUUCAUGCAUGUGUUCAAAAUGUUUUUUUAAUAUACAAUAAUUUAAGUCGAGCAUACACUCAUCCAUAUGAAUGCACGUACGCAUAGCCUAUAACUAUGAGCACCUUCAAAAGACUGAACCGGCACAACAUCUUCAGGUGGCUCAUUUUAAUCAAGAUCUACAUAAAAUACGUUGUUUUACAGAAAAAAGAAGUUUCAGAAGCCCAAAAGCAAAAUCGGAAAAAAUAAAAUCAGAAGCCCAAAACUGAAAUAAAAUAAAAAGUGAACAUCCACCAUCGUAUCCAUAAUGCUAGGUCAAAGACGGAUUUCGAAAAAGGAAAAAAUAAACGGCUUGCUAGCUAGUAGCCUAGUAUCCCUCAGAAAAAGAAAAAAAGCUAGUAGCCUCCAGUGCCCUGCCCUGCCUCGUCCCAUCACCUCAAUAAGCACAACGGCUAGUAGAUCCUGCACUCACUGACUGCAGUGUGUGUUCCGACUUCUGAACGAGCAUGGAUCAAGCCACAGCCACGGGCUAAGCAGUCAUGCCGUCCCCAUGGACUAGCAAAGUAGCAAUGGAGGAGAGUUGCAGCAGCUGCAGCGCCAAAAAGAGGAGGAAAGGGGAUCACCGUCAACGGCCGGAGCAGGAGCAGAAGAGCGGGAUGGUGGCGGCGGGCAUCAUCGACCCGGAUGUUCUCGACUGCACCAUCUGCUUCGACCCCCUCCGGCCUCCGGUCUUCCAGUGCGCCGUCGGGCAUGUGAUCUGCUCAUCCUGCCACAGCAACCUCCCUAACAAGGACAAGUGCCACACGUGCUCCCACACCGGCGGGUACCACCGCUGCAAUGCACUUGACAAAAUCCUGGAGUCGUUCCACGUCCCUUGCGCCAACGCCGCAUACGGGUGCACCACCAAGACGCACUACCACAGGGUUGAGGAGCACCACAAGUCAUGCCCGCACGCGCCAUGCUUCUGCCCUGAACCAGGCUGCGGCUUCAACGGUGGCUCCACCAUCAAGCUCCUGGAUCAUCUCACCAGCGGUCACAUGUGGCCGUCCACCGAGUUGGAGUACAAUGUCAAGCUCACCCUGCAGGCGAAAGCAGGAGCCCAUGUUCUCCACAGCCGAGACGGCAGCCCUCUUUUCCUAGUGAAGUUCACUCCGGUGCCGCCUUAUGGCAUCGCCGCCUCAGCCUUGUGCGUAGAUCCUGAUGCCGCCACCGCCACGGAGAAGGGGCGCAAGUUCAGGUGCCAUCUUGGCUCGAGCAACGUCGACAUGGAUUGGCAGCAAUCUUCGUGUUUCCAGGUCAGGAGCACCACGCUCUCCAACGGGUGGCCACCGGCAGAGGACGGCGGUGACCUUGUUAGCAGAUUCUUCUCCUUUUUGAUCGGGAGGUAUACAGAAGCGUCAUGCUCGAAGGAGAAGCAUGCCGAGAGGUUGCAGCAACUUCUGCUACGAGUUCAGACGGUUAUCGAGGAGGCGGAUGGGAGGUACAUCACCAACUCUGGUAUGCUUCUGCAACUGAAGAGGCUAGCUAGGGCUAUGUACCAUGGUUAUCAUGCCCUGGACACCUUCAAGUGCAACCAACUAAUCAGAGAGGGCACUAAGGAAGUGAUGAGUUCUGGCUCAUUUGCCUCAUAUCUUGUCACUCCCUUGAAGCGCUUCCGUGCAAAUGCUGGUAUAUCGAAUCACCAAGUUGAUAACAACUGUGACCUACAAGAUGCCUUGUUAAAUUUAGAGACCGUUCUUUCUAAUAUCACAGAGUUUGUCAUACUUUUGGGUGGGUGUGAACCCAUGUUUCACAGACCCUAUGACACAUAUCUUUAUGUCGACAACUGUAUGUUCGGUCGUUGGACUGAGAAGCAACAAGUUAUCAACUUCUUGUUGCAGCGCAACCCUUGUGCUUCUCCAUCUGUACUUCCAAUCAUCGGUGGCUAUCUAGUCGGGAAGAAAACUCUGGUAGCACAUGCAUGCAAUGAUGAAAAGGUCCGUAGUUACUUCUCUUCAAUUUUGCACUUCAAUGGAGACAACUUCCAUAUGGUGGAAACAGAAAGGUGCACAGGGAGGGCAUUGGUCAUUGUUAAAUUUGUUUCAGAGGUCAAUGAUGAGGACUGGAAAUCAUUUUACCGGGUAGUGACAUCCAUAAGCACAGAAAGUAAGGUUAUAAUCAUUAGUAGGAUGGAAAGUUUGACUAGAUAUGGUACUGUGAAGCCAAUUCAGCUAAGUAGAUUACCAGAUGAGGAGUACAGCUACCUCUUUAAGGCACUAGCAUUUGGAAGUGCCCACAGUGAGGACCACCCAAAGCUGACACUGUUAGCAGGAGAGUUCAUCAAAUUGUUGGACGGGUCAUUUGUGGCAGCAUAUUCACUUACCAAUGGGUUGAGGACAAAUCUAAGCCUUCAGUUCUGGCUCUCCAUGUUGAAGAGAUACAAGAAUGUGACAAAGAACAACUUGUCAAUGUUUGGUGAGCAUCCAUCAGACCGUUUCAAAAAACGAUGUGCAGUAGACUUCACCAACUUUCUUCCAUCUCCCGCUGCUCCACUACACCUUAUGCCUCCUCGAACUGAAGCCAGGAAACUACCCAAGAUAAGGAUUGGAGAGAUCAUUGAGAAUCCCUCCCUUCGUCCUAAGGGUGACUUUGUAUUAGUGACAUGGGAAUCACAGAUACCUCCUUAUACCGAGUUCAGUUACCAUGUCCCGUACUGUGCUCAACAGCAGCCUAAAACAAGCUUGCGGAGGAAGCGUGACGCUACUAUUUCUCUGUAAUGUUAUUUUCUUUCAUAUUACACCGAAACUUGUGGUGUUUCUUUUAUGUUCUACUUCUUACAGUUGUGAAUCAAGAACUACUCAUCGUAUAUCACUAUAGCCUAAAAGUACUGAUUACGAUUGUCAA